CGGGUCGGUCCCCUCCUCCCUCUCCCUCUCUCUCUCCACCGCGCCGGCCCGGUUCGACUCGACCACAACACGCGACGCCACGCCUCCUCCCGAUCCGCUCCGGCCGCGCCGCCUAUGUAGGCCUCUGGGUCCAUUCACACCGCCUCUUUUCGUUUCGUUUCGCCGCCCGCUUCCGCCGCGCGCGCGCACGUGCGAGAGGGGAGAGGGGGAUAGCGACGCCGCGCCCAAACCCUACUACUACUCCUCCUCCUCCUCCGCGUCCUCGCCGGCCACUCGUCGCCGGCCUCCGUCGCCGCCUCCGCCUCGUCAUCCACCAGAAGGCGUUCGUGCGCACGGGUUUCCGCGCGAUGAGGGUCUCCUCGGCGUCCAGUACGCCGCCGCCGCCGGCGUUCGCGGCCGCGGCGUGGGCGGUGGUGCUGCUCGCCAUGCUCCGCUCCGACGUCGCCCUCGCCGCCGCCGCAUCCUCCAACGACGACACAGGUCUCUCGCCGUUGAUGCCGCCGCCGCCGCUCGCCGCCCCGGUUCCCGCGGCGGUUUCUCCGGCCCCGGCGACGCCUCCCGCCGUCCUCUCCCCCCGCAAGCUCCUCCGCCCGCAAGGCGCGGACGUCGUCGGCGUCGGUUUCGUCUCCGGCAGCGGCGGCGGAGGAGGAGGAGACGGAGUACGGACGCGCCGGGUGGACGACGGGUGCGCGGGGGCGGACGACAUCGCGAUCUACCAGGGGAGGGCGACGCCGCUGCCGAGCGGGGUGCCGGCGUACACGGUGGACGUGAUGAACCGGUGCGCCGGCGGCGGCGGCGGCGACGAGGAGUGCGCCAUCGCGGGGAUCCACGUGCGGUGCGGGUGGUUCAGCUCGGUGAGCCUGGUGGACCCGCGCGUGUUCCGCCGGCUCGGCCACGACGACUGCCUCCUCAACGACGGCCGCCCGCUCCUCGCCGGCGAGACCGUCUCCUUCGAGUACACCAACUCCUUCCCCUACAAGCUCUCCGUCUCCGUCGCAACCUGCGUCGUCGACCCCGCCGCCCCAUAGCCGCCGUCAAUCGCCGCAAGGAAAAAGUAGACAAAACAAAAGAAACGAAAGAGAAACAGUAGUACUAGUGACAUCUCUUGCCUUACUAGUUUUUUUGUUCUUUUCUUUUUUUUUGACCCCAUGUCAGUAUCACUCACAGAACAACAGCUCACCAUUUGCUACGCCUCACGCAGUGCGUACUCCUCCCAACAUGUAUGAAACCCUCAUUAUACUACUACUAGACCUGCAGUAUAGCGUUAGCAGUAGUUCCUGCUUCUUGCAUGCAGCUUAAUGUUGUUGUUAAGUUGCCUGUCAGGCAGACCAAAGUGUAAUUAACCCUGUUUUACUCAAAUCUCUCGGGUGGUUUUGGCGCGGAUGGAACAAGUUUAUUUUUGUCACU